AUGGCGCCUAUCACGCCUUUGAAUGCGGCGGACAUAACUGAGAAAGCGCGGCGGGAUCUGUUGCUCCUGCUUGAGGGUAUUAGAGGGAAAAAGAAUCUGGUCCUUGAGAAGACGCUUGCAGGUCCAUUGAACUUGCUCGUCAAAUUCUCUACCCUGCAAGAAUAUGGUGUAGACAAGCCUUUCUUUCUUGAGAACGACAAUGUCGAUUUUUCCCAGCGCAACAUCGUCUUCCUUGUUAGAGGCGAGAAGGCAAAGACUGUGAUGGCUGUUGCUGAUCAGAUCAAACGCAUACGACGGGAUAGCUCGAUCGAGCAUGAGUUUUCCAUCUUCUGGGUGCCGAGACGCACUAUGACCUCGGAUCAGCUGCUUGAAGAAGCAGGCGUGCUGGGUGAGGCUAGUGUAAGCGAAUGGCCUUUGUACUUUGUACCUUUGGCCGACGACGUACUUUCGCUCGAGUUGGAGGAUUCCGUGUCGGAUCUGUAUAUGAAGAAGGAUCCGACUUCCAUCUACCUAUCAGCAAAGGCCCUAAUGCUUCAACAACAGAAGUAUGGGCUUUUUCCCAGAAUCAUCGGCAAGGGCGACAAUGGCAAACGUCUUGCUGAUCUACUGAUUCGUAUGCGUAUAGAGGUUACAGCUGGAGAGGAUCUAAAUAGUGUUGGACUGUCGUUUCUAGGUCUAGUACCAAGCGCGAAUAUUGACAGUUUGAUCAUUGUAGAUCGAGAGGUUGACUUUCCGACUGUCUUACUGACACAGCUUACCUAUGAAGGCCUUAUUGAUGAGGUCUUUAACAUCACAGCGAACCAAACAGAGGUUGAUUCAUCUGUCGUUGGUGGCGCAGGCCCACAGCCCGGCCAAACAGGCUCAGCAUCGACAAGCAUGAAGCGUAAGAUCAUGAUCGACUCCAAGGACUCACUCUACAAUGACCUUGGCGACGCCAAUUUCGCCAUAGUGGGCAAUCUCCUCAACAAAGUAGCCCGCCGCCUGCAAAGCAGCACAGAACGCAACCAACUCGCCGCAAAAACCACAUCUGAGCUUCGAGAAUUCGUCGCCAAACUCCCCGGCUAUCAAGCUGAACAAGCCAGUCUAAAGUUACACACCUCCCUCGCCGAAGAAAUCAUCAAAUACACUCGCACAGACAUCUUCACUCGCUCCCUAGAAAUCCAACAAAACAUCAUGUCCGGCGCCGACCCAAUAACCCAGCAUGACACCAUCACUGAGCUCAUAAACCGCGACGUGCCCCUUCCCCUGAUCCUGCGCCUUCUCUGCCUCGAAAGCACCACAAACGCCGGUAUCCGUCCCAAAGACCUAGAUAGCUUCAAACGUGCAAUCAUCCAAGCCUACGGCCCGCAACACAUUCUCACACUUGCCUCGCUCGAGAAAAUGGGACUCCUGGGUGUCCGCGGUGGAGUCGUGGGUAUCAGCAGUGGCGCGCCCGCGAAGCCAGGCAGCGUAACAAACUACACGCCGCUGCGCAAGACGUUGAAACUCUGGGACGACGAGGUGAAUGAAGCAGAGCCAAACGAUAUUUCGUACACGUUUUCAGGCUAUGCGCCCCUCAGCGUGCGCAUCGUCCAGUCCCUCAUCCAGAAACAAACGCUGGCAAACACCAUCAAACCGCCGGCGAAUCCUGCCACCGCGGCCCAGGCCAAUCCCCUCGCACAGGGUCUCCGCAUCUUCGACGACGCGAGCAAGUACGUUAAGGGCGCGACGUUUGACGAAGUGCAAAAGGGAGAGGAGAAGGCGGUCAAGGCGCGGAGCAUGCUGAAUGGGAGUCAUGGGGAUGCCGGCAAGACGGUCGUCGUCUUCUUUUUGGGUGGUGUCACGAGGGCAGAGAUUGCGGCCUUGCGGUUUGUAGGCGGGAAGUUGAGGGAGGUGGGAGGGGAGGGGAGAGGCAGCCGUGUGGUGGUGGCUGCGACGAAUGUGAUUCGUGGGGAUGAUUUGGUGGGGUGUGCGGUCGAGAAAGUAGGGUUUAAGGCGUAG